CGAGCAUGAGGCUCGCGGCAAACGCGGCGGCGGCCGCAGCCCCGAACGAGCGCUGCCCCCGGCGACCCCCGGGCCGGAGCCGCCCUCCAGCGGGAGAGCCCUUCCAGCUGCGGCACUGCUGAGGCAGGAAACCUCCGCGAGAAGUGUCGCCUCCGCCGCCGCCCUUAAAGCCGGUCCCUUUCGCCGGGAGGGAGAAGAGGCUGAGGCUGGGAGAGGAGCAAAUUGCAGGGGAAGGUAGAGAUUGUGGCAAACUUUCUAGCUGCUUCUGCGUGCUGCUGCCUCACUGGUGGGAGUGUCUGCCCAUAAGGAACUGCAGAGCCCAAACCCAGGAGCCCUGGGGCUCCAAAAACGACUUCAGCCGCCUCUGGAGGAGGAACUGCCAGCAGUGCAAGAUUUUGCAUAUACGGCUGAGUAGAUGGUUCAGCUCUAGAAGAAAGAUUUGUCUUCACAAAUUCCUUUGAAAGCACAAUGGAUGCAUUUUAGAGUUCUGCAGAAGUCAUCUAGGAACAAGAACAUUGGACUUUGAGGAAUAACAGAGUUCAGAGAGCCCAGAAAUUGGUCACUAAUAAGGCCAUACAGCUUGGAAAUGAAUACCAUUGAGACAGCAAAGCUUGAAGAGCACAUGGAGGGUCAGCCAAAUGAGACUUCUAAUGGCUACUCACGACCUACUCUCUCAGUCAGUGAAGAGAACAAAAAUGGCACUAGCAAACCAAAGGGCUUGUCUAAUGGCUUGCGAAAAACAGCAAAGAAGUAUCCUGAUUACAUCCAGAUUGCUAUGCCUGCUGAAUCUAGGAACAAAUUCCCUCUGGAAUGGUGGAAAACAGGCAUUGCCUUUGUCUACGCUCUCUUCAACUUGAUUUUAACAACUGUCAUGAUCACUGUGGUCCAUGAGAGAGUACCUCCAAAGGAGCUAAGCCCUCCCUUGCCUGACAAAUUUUUUGAUUACAUUGAUCGUGUGAAAUGGGCUUUUUCUGUAUCAGAAAUAAAUGGAAUGAUACUACUUGGAUUAUGGAUAUUCCAGUGGUUGUUUCUUAGAUACAAAUCAAUAGUGGGACGCAGGUUCUUUUUUAUAAUAGGAACUUUGUAUCUGUACCGCUGUAUUACCAUGUACGUUACCACCUUACCUGUGCCUGGAAUGCAUUUUCAGUGUGCACCAAAGUUGAACGGAGACUCUCAGGCAAAAGUUCAGAGAAUCCUGCGACUGAUUUCUGGUGGUGGUCUAUCCAUAACUGGAUCCCACAUCCUGUGUGGAGACUUCCUGUUUAGUGGACACACUGUAGUAUUAACGCUGGUCUAUCUGUUCAUCAAAGAGUAUUCACCACGUCAUUUCUGGUGGUAUCACUUAAUCUGCUGGCUGAUGAGUGCUGCUGGCAUCAUUUGUAUCCUGGUUGCUCAUGAACACUAUACCGUAGAUGUCAUCAUUGCCUACUAUAUCACCACUCGGCUCUUCUGGUGGUACCACUCCAUGGCUAAUGAAAAGACUUUAAAGGUGUCUUCGCAGACGAAUUUUCUCUCUCGAGCAUGGUGGUAUCCAAUAUUUUAUUUCUUCGAGAAGAAUGUGCAAGGCUCUGUUCCUUGCAGUUUCUCCUGGCCAAUAUCUUGGCCUCCCAGCUGCUUCAAAUCUUCAUGCAAAAAGUAUUCACGGGUUCAGAAGACAGGAGAGGACAAUGAAAAAUCUACCUGAAGAAAAGAAGGAAAGCAUCUGCUCUGUUUUUUUCGUUUAUUUUUUUUUUUUUACCAAAACAUUAAUGCUGUAACCAAAGUUCUUAAGAAGACUGUAACUGAAGAAGUGGACCAAGCUUCUGUGCAAUUGAUGGAAAGACAAUUGUAGACACAUAUAUUGCAUUUCAGAUCUUUUCUUCUCAUCCGGCUGUACAGACCUAUUCUACUCUUCAGUGCUAAUGAAAUGCACCGCUGAUGGGAUUUUUGUAUUAAAGAAAAAAAUGGAGCAGGAUUGUGCUUUAUUAAUGAGAUAGAGGUGCCAAAGACCACAGUAACACUUCCAUUACUAUCACUCAUCCACAGAAGCACCCAAAAGUCUCCUCUUCAGAGCUCUGGAGUGCGUAAGGGCAAAAACAUGCUAACUUGUAAAGGCACGACAUUGGCGUAUUGAGGUGUAUAAAAAAAUAACACAAUUGUGGGAAGUGGUUUGUUGCAUUAUUCUUGCUAAUGAAGGUAAGGCCUUUGUGUGACUGGUACAGCUGGAAGCAAGUCUGACUUUUUUACACACUGUGGGUAUGAAUAUCUUAGGGCCCUAAAAUACUACUUACCACCGUUAACUCCCAUAUAUUCUACUGUAUACCAAUUUUUACAUUUUUAUUAGUAAUUUUAUAUUUAAAUAGUUGUGUUACCUGAUGAAUUUGCAAUUCAAAACAGCUGCUAGCAUCAGAGCUCAAGGAGCCUAAAAUUUUAUUUUUAGUAAGAGACACAAUUUCAACAUCUGAAUCUUGAAUUACAGCUGGCCUUGUAUAUAUAGCUCUACAGUGCCUGUCAGUGUAUAUAGAUGCAGACAUACACAAAAGCACAUACCUUAAACAAAAUUACUUACUGGAAAGAGUAAUCCUAGAGUUCUUGAUGCAGGCAGAAGUUGUACAGCUCUCACCUGCUUAAGGAAUGCAAGGCCAGGUCCAAAAUGGGGCUACAUUUAAAAUAAACAUUUUAAUUUUAGUAGCAAUCUCUUGCUGAAGCUGUUGUAGCAGGUUUGCUUGGGAGCCGUAGUUCUCCAUUGAAUUUCUUUGUCUUUUACCUCUUGACACAUGUUUCUGUGACUUACUUUAAAAAAACAACCAAACAAAAAAGUUCUAAGAUAAAAUAUCUACAACAGCAGCAUUUCUUCAAUUACAAUGUAAAAUAAUUUCAUAUUAAAUGACACUGUGGUAGACCUUAAAAAUAGAUUACCUUUUUUCCACAGGGCUGCAGUCCAGCUAAAAUGGCUAUCUAAACAAGUUGGCUGAGAAUGGGGGAAACUACCAUGGGGUGAACAUGCAACAAAACCACAGAUUAACAGCUACCUGUUUCUUGUUGGUUGAUGUUGUUUUGUAUUGUUGUGAAAGCCAAGUAGAAAAUUAGCACACCAUGUUUAGCCAUUUAUAUUCUGUAAUAAUUUCUGCAGUUAACUCUAUUAUUUUCAGAUAUUCACUAAAACCUAAUGAAAAGAUAAAACUGCAUUGUGUUGAGGUGAUACUAAUAUAAACAAAAUGCUGCAUAUUUUAAGAAUGUCUUGAACUGAGUGACAAGUGUGAACACAAUUUAAAUAAUGACAACUUGUUUUUAAAAAGUCCAGAGUUAAAGGUAUAAAAUGAAAUACAGAGUAUUCAAAUAUAAUAAUUUUCAGUUAAGGGGAUCAUUUCUCUGAGUUGUAAAUGAGAAUAUUUUUGUGCAUUUCAAAUAUUUUUGUGCAUUAUCAAAAUAAUACAAUAAAAAGUGUUCCUUUCAAUACAUUUUUGGAAGAACUUAGUUAAGAAAGAAAUUCUGCUGCAGUUUGGUUGUGUUAUUUAAAAUGAGUUUAGCAGCCUCUGAUAAUGUGCCCCUGAAGUUGUGUGUAUAUGGGCAUAUCUGUGCUUUCAUUUACUUGCUUCUAGCAGACCUUGAACAGCUACAAAGCCAGUAUCAAAAAACUUUUGGAAAUCCUUUUUCUCUGUGAUAUAAAUGAAUCUGUUCAACACCAGUCAGUAGAUCUCCCGAGAUACUUGUUACAUCAGUACUACUUCAUAGAUCAUCUUUUUUAAAGCUAAAAUCUAAGCUUUGUGAUACCUUAAACAUGGUCAUGUUAAUCCACUUGUAGUAAUACUAUCUUUUAGGAGUUAUGAAUGUAUUUCAUUAGUAGUCACUGUGCCUUGAAAGUAGUAUGAUGAAAAGCACUACCUAAGGAGCUUAAGCAGUGGUUUUCAUCUGGUGGCUGAAAAAUAAACACUUUGACAAUGGGAUUUCUGCAAUAGAUCUGCAAAGUAGGCUUUCUUCAUGCAGGAUGAGGUGUUUGGGGUUUUCUACACUUAUUCCUGUCUCUUAAGGAAAAAAAUGUGAAAAUGAUGGAAUAGAACCAAGUAAAGACUCUGCUUUCAUUUGGCUGCUGAAUUUGAUAGAUACUUCUAUGUAAUACAACAGGAAAGUUUAACUAGCAGCUCUAGCUCAAAAUACUUGAUUCCUAUUCUGGCUCAGUCCUCCCUUAAGUACUUAAUAUUUACCCAUUGCAAGAAAGCUCUCCAGGGGGUAUGUGUGUGUUUAAUUAACAGAAAGCCCCAGUUUUCUAUCCUCUCAAUAGCUUUUAAGUGCUUUUACCAACUUGGAUGGUAUAGCUGUAUUUGAUGACUCUUUAGACCUAUAUGUAAGGUGAUUAAAUGGGGUAAGUAAUGAUAUAUUCUAGUUCUUACUGUUAUAGUAAUGUAUCCAAUAUAAACCACAACUGCUAUGUAAAAAUUAAUAACUGUAACGUCUUGGUGAUCCUUGUAUGCAAAUACCAUGAAGCUUAAAGUAUAGUUCCAUCAUAAGAAGCAAGAGAUUGCAGUAGGUAAAAAGGAGAAACUUGGACUUCCCUUAGGCCUACCAUCAAGUGGUCAGUAUAUCUGGUCUGUAUAUGCCCAAUACUUUGCAGUGUGUCACUAAUUAUUUUUUCCUAGUUACAGUAAUAUUUCUCAGAUGUCACAUGAGCUGCCCCUUUCCUGGGACUAUAACAUGCUCCUCUCGACUGAAGAGCAUUUACAUGUUGAACUUUACAGACACUUAAUAAAAAAAAAAACCACUACAUUUGUGCACCUAUCAGUAUGACUUAAAUGCUGAUAGGCUUUCUUAAAAUGCCUAACAUAAAUUUAAAUCUGGAUUUUAAAUGUUAACUUGAGCUUUUAAAGAAGUGUGCUGCUAAGUGGUCAUGCUACAGAUGCUUACUCCUAAUGCCAGAAAUUGUUAACAUCUACUUGAAAGCACUGUAAAUGGACACCUUUUUCGGUACGUGCUUAGCACUCCCGUGUGGACAUGAAUGGUACUAACUGUUAGUUAUCCUUCACUGCUGUUUUCUUGGAAAGAUCGCCACAGGUGGCGUAGUAGCAAAAAUAGCUGUGCUAAACAUUGCUAUGAACCCUAGUACACGAUUUGCUGCCCUCCUUAAAAAAAACUGGUUGGGAGAGAAGGAAACGAAAGAAAGUUUAUGCUAAAACACACUACCUUCGUGUAAUAGAGAAAUAAAGCUCAGGAACAGAGACAGAACUGGGAAGUCUUAAAAGAUAUGAGAGACCAUUCUCCUUAUUGGAUUAUUGCAAAUCUGCUUACUAGGGUCUUAAAUCAGAAUCUGUUCAAUCUCUGGCUUUCUCUUAUCAGUAGUAUCUGGCUAGACAGUUUAUCCUAAGUUGUUUGGUACUAGCCGAAAUUCCUUUUCUCAUUUCAUUAGAUGGGAUUUACUGUUCUAGAGACAGAUCCAUUAGCUUCAGUGCAAGGUGAAGUCUUUCCCAUGUACUUUAAAUGAACUUUCCCGUGGCUCUAUGCUACUUUUUACGUUUGCUUGCAGGAUUCUUUUCUGUGUUAGUGGGGUUUUGGUUUUGUUGGUUUGUUGUGGGUUUUUUUUUUUUUUUCCAAUGCAUAAACCUUGAAUCUUAAAGAUUCAUGGGCUUGUUUUGAAAAUGGGUCCAAGCUGCCAUAUGGACUAGAACCAUUUUGCCUUACUGGCAGAUGUAAUAGUUGUAAAACUCUAUUGUCAUUUUGAUAUUUUCACAAUAUACAUGUUUUAUACUUACCUAGAACUCUUUGCAUGGGCACACAAAAUUAGAGUGAUGCUAUGAGAUUGAUUUUACAAUGCCUGGAAUAGAACACUUCAAUACAGAAGUGUUUAAUGUCUUAAAUUCAGUUACUGAGAAUAGGGAUCUUAAAAGUAAAUACUCCUAUUAGGCAUCAUUCAAAUAGGUAUUGCUGCUUAAGUACGCAUGAGAAAAAUAUCCUAGCAUGCCCCUAGUAUGCUUACAAGUAAGCCUUCAUGGGCCACUCUAUGAUGCAUCUUAGAAUCCAGAGAGAAGUGCUGUGAAACAAAGGCAUUUGUUGCAGUAUUUAUAAGGAAAAGCAAAGAAGAUGAAAACACUGAAGUAGAUAGUGAUCAUAUAUUGCUUUCUGCGUGAAAUUGAGCUUAAACUACACCUAACUUGUAAGAAGUGUAGAUUUAAAUUGUGUAAUAGUUGUGAAAAAAAACCCUAUAAGGAAGCAGCAGUAUUAAGCACAUCAUUCUGUGGUACAGCUGUGUGUCUGUGCUGGCUCUCAUCCGUAAUUUACAACAUAAAAACAAAACCCAACCCAGUGAUAAAUGCUUGGAGAUUAAAGUACUUAAAUAUUAUUAGCAGUCUUUUAUAAGUUGUUCCUACAAGCUGUCACUAAUAGUUUCUAAAACAAGAACAAAGUGCUGCAAUGCUUAAAACAUACUGAAGCUUUUUUCUAGUUGGCUUCAGUUUCCAUGGAUUUAACCAUAAGAUUAAAUCUUAUUAACCUAGAAAGCAACACAUGAGGAUGUCAGGCUGGAUACGGGUAGCUGAUGUAUUUCAAGGAAACUUUCCAGUUUUGAACUCAUCUUUCCUAACUAAACACUCAAUGCCUGAAUGAUUUUUAAAGAUGAAGUAACAAUACUGUGCAGUCUCUGAUGUGUAUAUGAAAUACUGGUGUUGAGGAUUCCUUCUUUCUACUGUAAGUCAGUGAUUAAAAACCCACAAAGGUUGGAGUUGUUUUCAGUGAAAAUUUUUUAAUUGCAAAGGACUUGGAGUUGAGCAAAUAGCUAGCUGGUUUUUUUCUGUGGCACUUGGCUGUGUACUAACCUUUAAGAUGCAAACUAGGAAGGAGGAGAGGG